GUAUGACAGGAACGAUGGCAUAACAAAGAAACAGUUCAGAUAGCAUCUGUGAGGCAUUCAGAACGAGGCACACAUUCAAGGAAAAAUGGCUGUGUAAACGGGAACAUUUGAACUAUAAUCAUGCAAGACAAUUAGGCAAGAGCCUUUUGUUCGACGAACGACGAUCAAGAAAAGCACGCAAUGUCGGAUUUUAAGAUAUUUUAUCAAAUUUCCUUCGUUCUCCUUGUGUACGUCUCAACACGCAAGGGUGCCCAAUGCGAUUAUACAAACACAUGGGUGAUUGAAACGGACAACGAAGAAAAUGCUAAGCGAAUAGCAAAAAAAUAUGACUUCGAAUAUGGGGGAAAAAUCGGUUCGUUAGACGGUUUUUAUUUGCUUAUGAGAAACUCCGUGCCUCGCAGACGCCGUCGAAGCGUUUUACAAGCAACUCGUAUUUUACGUAUGGACCCAUCUGUGAAAUGGAGCGCACAGCAGAAGAUAUUGACACGGGUGAAGAGAGACUUCCAUGAUCCUUUAUAUAAGGAUCAGUGGUAUUUAAAAAAUAAUGUCUCUAAACACCGUGACAUAAACGUGACUCCAGUGUGGAGACAAGGUAUCACUGGCCGUGGUGUUGUGGUAACAAUUCUGGACGAUGGAAUCGAGUUCACGCAUCCUGACCUGAAAUCGAAUUAUGACGCACGUGCCAGCUAUGACUACAACGGUCGAGACUCCAAUCCUUCGCCAAAAUACACACCACGCAACACGAAUAGACACGGCACCAGGUGUGCAGGUGAAGUUGCAGCAGCUGCAAACAAUGACGUCUGCGGAGUUGGAGUUGCUUAUAAUGCCGGGAUUGGUGGAAUACGUAUGCUUGAUGGUGACGUCACCGAUGCCGUGGAAGGCAGUUCGCUUAGUCAUGCGCGGAACUACAUUGACAUUUACAGCAGCAGUUGGGGACCCGAAGACAAGGGGGUAAAGGUGGAUGGACCAGGCAAGACAGCGAAGGAAGCUUUGAAAAAAGGUGUAAACGAAGGUCGCAAUGGUAAAGGUUCCAUAUUCGUAUGGGCCACUGGUAACGGUGGUGAUUAUAACGAUUAUUGUAACUGCGAUGGUUACAUCACUAGUAUAUAUACGAUUUCCAUUGGUGCCGUAAAUGACCUGGGAAAGUCGCCGUGGUAUGCUGAGCCCUGUCCGUCAACCCUUGCGGUUACAUUCAGCAGUGGCAAGAAAAAUCGAAAUACAAACAAGAAGAUUGCGACAACCGAUCUUUAUCAUAUGUGCACCAAGUCACAUACGGGGACUUCUGCAGCCGCACCACUCGCGGCAGGUAUAUUUGCCUUGGUGUUGGAAGCCAACCCCGACCUUACAUGGCGUGAUUUGCAACACUUGAUUGUUGAGACGUCACGCAUGACGGACAAAAUGGAUCCUGAUUGGCACGUGAACGGUGUUGGUUUUCACGUUAAUAAUAAGUAUGGAUUUGGUCUCUUGGAUACUGCCAACCUUGUAAAACGUGCACGUGAUCCAGGAUGGCGCACCGCUACCACUCAGCACAUGUGCUACGGUGACGAUGUUAUUUAUAAUCGAAAAAUACGUGCGAACAAAGUACUGACUUCCACUAUAACUACUGAUGGCUGUAUGAGUCAAAUUGGUAACAAGUGCGUUACAAAACUUGAGCACGUGGUAGCAUACGUCACGUUGCAGCACGAACGACGAGGGUCUUUGAUAAUCAACUUGAUUUCUCCCUCUGGAACGAAAUCCAAACUUCUUGGUUUGCGUAAGUUGGAUUUCAGCAACAAAGGUUUCAAAAAGUGGCCGUUCAUGACUGUUUUUAACUGGGGCGAGAAUCCACGCGGAACCUGGAAACUAGAAAUCGUGAGCACGGACGAUUUAAUUGGAACUUUCAAAGGAUGGUAUCUCAACUUGUACGGUACGUGUUCACAUCAAUUUAACUACACGGCCCACGAAAAUCAUAUUUGCGACAAAUAUUGCAAGAAAGGAUGUCCAGAAAAUUUCAAGACAGCCUGUAGAAAUUGUGUGAAGUUCUGCGAUUGCACCACGGGGAAAUGCACCAGACGAUGCCGGCGCGGCCUGGUAACGGACCCUCAUCGUCAUGAAUGUAGUAACGCGUCGAGGAGACAUAAAAACGAAGACCUGUCCAAUAUUAACCAGAAUGAAAAUAAACAACGUAAACGUAAGAAGCUACCUCAGUACGGAUUGUGGUUGCUUAUUUCAGCUGGUAUAGCUGUAAGUUUUGGUAUUAUUGCGGGCGUUUGGCAAGGAUGGCUCUACUACAGUACUAGAGAAAAAUUGAAUCGUGCACGCAGACAAAACCAGAUGGUGCAUUCGAACGUACCCCCCCAGUACACGAUGAACCGACAGGGAGAACAUGUAGAUCGCUCAAUCGAUCGGACGUCUGUUUAAUGCAUCACAGGCAAAAAGGCAAUGGGUCUCUGUGCCUGAAAAAGUAAAAACCCACUUUUGUGAGGUCUCCCACGGGCAACAGUACUCCAAAACUUUUGCUUCGUAACUUAAAACACGUUGGAUAAAGUAAAAUGCGUUUGUGGUUGAAAAGUAGUUAAAACCAAUGAACAUGAGAAAUCAUUAAACUAUAUCCUGUAAAUUUUUUUUAAAAUCUGUGCAGUUGUCGCUAAGAAUGUUUGAAAGAUAUUUAUUUAUUUCUUACAUUAAAUGAUUACAUAUUUUUUA